CUUCCUCUUUUUACAUCUGGAUCAUUUCUUUUUUUGUUGUAAUGGGAGGUUUUUUUUAGCCCUGGUGCAUCCGGUAUGGCAGCAGUGGAUGGAUCAGUGGAUGUACGGCAUGUCUGAGGGAUCCGACGAACAGGAGUUGUGUGCAGGAAAACAGCAGCAACAGAUGGAAUUGUUACACCGUCUAGCAAGUGUCUGCUCGCAUGCAACAGGUACCAUGCAGGCUUAUAGGCGCCUGACCCUGUCACAGCAGAGAUGAGGAACCCACACACCGCUGCUUUACCAUGUUCAGCGUCCACUACAACCACUCCCUGGCUGCCAUGAGCGGAAACGACAUGAUGGCCCACUCUCUGACCCUGGAGCAGAAAACUGCCUUCGCCUUCGUGGGGAUGCUGCUGGUUUUCCUGGGGCUGCUGAUCGUCAGGUGUUUCCGGAUCCUGCUGGACCCCUACAGCAGCAUGCCUUCGUCCAACUGGGCCGACGGCAUCGAGGGGCUGGAGAAGGGGACGUUUGAGUACGCCCUGACCUAACACAGG